AUGAUUGACCGGUUUGUGCGCGUCAACCAGGCGGGCGAGACAGCCGCCGUGACCAUCUACAAGGGCCAGAUGGCGGUUCUUGGGCGCGACCCGCAGCUGCGCAAGCUGCUCACGCACAUGCGCGACCAGGAGGUUGUGCACCUGGAGAUCAUGGACAAGCACGUGCGCGACUUUUGCGUGCGCCCGACGCUGCUUCUGCCGCUAGCGGCUGCAGGCGGCUACAUGCUGGGCAUGGUGACGGCCAUGCUGGGGGUUGAGUCGGCGAUGACGUGCACGGAGGCGGUGGAGACGCGAAUCGGCAACCACUACAACGACCAGCUGCGGGACCUGCACCAGCUAAAGUAUCCGGAGCUGGACGAGCUGAAGCGGACGAUCGCAAAGUGCCGCGAUGAGGAGCUCGAGCACCUGGAGACGGCACUGGAGCACGGCGCAAAGCUGGCGCCGCUGCAUGAGCUGCAGUUUGAGUUUGUCAAGGGCGGCUGCAGUCUGGCCAUCUGGGUAUGCGAGAGAAUAUAG